AUGAAGAAAACUACAGUUCUACAGAUCUGCGUGGUGUUUGUGCUGUGCUCACCACAGGCCGGGACAGGAUCUCCCGUGGACUGUCCAGACCAAGAUACGGCAGGAACGUCCUGCACCAUCUCACUAGAGAAGCUCCUGGAACGAGCCGUUCAACACGCAGAGCUCAUUUACCGCGUCUCAGAGGAGUCCAAGAUGCUGUUUGAUGAGAUGCUCAUUUCAUACGGCGUGAAUCUGCAUGUUCCCGAAGGGACUAUGUGUGCUCCGAAAACGGUGCCGGUUCCUAUGUCUAAAAGUGAAAUCCAACAGAUUUCUGACAAAUGGAUCCUUCACUCACUCCUGAUUCUUGCCCAGUUCUGGAUUGAUCCUCUGGUAGAAGUACAGGCUUCUCUUGAGAAUUAUGAGAACGUCCCAAGCGCCCUGCUUACCAGAAGCAAAUGGAUGUCUACCAAACUAACGAGCCUUGAACAGGGUAUAAUGGUUCUCAUUAGACAGAUAAUGGGUGAAGAUGGUUUGGCACUGGAGGUAACUGCAGAGACAUCUGAACGCUUUUUGUCUUCUAAUACGCUUGAAGCGGUGAGAAGAGAUUACAGUGUUAUCUACUGCUUCAGGAAAGAUGCGCACAAGAUGCAGACUUUCCUCAAACUGUUGAAGUGCCGCCAGAUCGAUAAAGAGAAUUGCUCCCUUUUUUAA